CUAUCUUCUGAUUAUCCUCACCGACAAAGCCUCUGUACUACAAGUCUACAACGUGAUAUAAAAAGAAGGAAAGCUCCAAAGCAAAGAACAAAGAACAAAGAACAAAGAAGAAAAAAGGCGGUAGUGUAGAGAUACACUUUUGAGUUGUGCCAUUCCUUCCUUUCAAUCCAACCCCCCACCCCAUUUUCCCACUGAGAAACCAAUCCCAUUUUCCAUCUGGGAUUUUGAAGAGAGACAUGGGAGAUUACAGGGCUGUGAGUUGGGUGUUGCUAGUGUUCGUCUCAGUGGCUUGCAUUAGUGGGGAGGACCCUUACAGGUUCUUCACUUGGAAUGUCACCUACGGUGAUAUCUACCCUCUUGGAGUGAAGCAACAGGGGAUACUGAUAAAUGGGCAGUUUCCAGGGCCACCAAUCGAAUCUGUGACUAAUGAUAACUUGAUUAUCAGUGUUUACAAUAGCUUGGAUGAGCCUUUCCUCCUCUCAUGGAAUGGUGUGCAGCAGAGGAGGAACUCAUGGCAGGAUGGCGUUUAUGGCACCAACUGUCCGAUUCCACCGGGGCAGAACUUCACCUAUGUUCUGCAAGUGAAGGAUCAAAUUGGUAGCUACUUCUACUUUCCUUCUCUUGCCUUCCACAAGGCUGCUGGAGGGUAUGGGGGCAUUAAAAUCUCAAGCCGUCCUUUAAUUCCAGUACCUUUUCCUCCUCCUGCUGGCGAUUACACUAUACUAGCUGGGGACUGGUACAAGAAAAAUCACACUGAUUUGAAAGCGAUUUUGGAUGGUGGAAGUGAUCUUCCUUUCCCUGAUGGACUCCUUAUCAAUGGUCGGGGAUCAAAUGGAUACACAUUUACUGUUGAUCAAGGUAAAACUUACAGGUUCCGGAUAUCUAAUGUGGGGAUUGCAACUUCCCUCAAUUUUAGAAUACAGGGCCACAAGAUGCUGCUGGUGGAGGUGGAGGGGACUCAUGCACUGCAGAACACAUAUUCUUCCCUUGACAUUCACCUUGGCCAGUCAUACUCUGUAUUGGUUACAGCUGACCAACCGGCACAGGAUUAUUACAUUGUGGUCUCCACACGUUUCACCUCCCAAGUGCUCACCACAACCUCCACUCUUCAUUACAGUAACUCAGCAGGAAGAGUGUCUGGUCCUCCUCCUGGCGGUCCGACUAUUCAGACUGAUUGGUCUCUUAACCAGGCCCGAUCUAUCAGACGGAAUCUAUCAGCGAGUGGGCCGAGACCUAAUCCUCAAGGAUCUUACCAUUAUGGAUUGAUCAACACUACCCAUACAAUCAGACUUGCAAACUCUGCUCCAGUUAUCAAUGGAAAGCAGAGGUAUGCAGUUAACAGUGUGUCCUUCAUCCCAGCAGAUACACCACUUAAGCUUGCCGACUACUUCAAGAUCUCUGGGGUCUUCAACCUUGGAAGCAUCCCAGAUAACCCCACUGGUGGUGGUGGUUACCUCCAGACUUCUGUCAUGGCUGCUGAUUUCCGAGGCUUUGCUGAAGUUGUGUUUGAGAAUCCUGAAGACACCUUGCAGUCAUGGCACAUUGAUGGCCAUAAUUUCUUUGUUGUGGGGAUGGAUGGAGGGCAGUGGACACCGUCCAGUAGACUAAGUUACAAUUUGAGAGACACAAUUUCUCGUUGUACUGUUCAGGUGUAUCCCAAGUCAUGGACUGCUCUUUACAUGCCUUUGGACAAUGUGGGUAUGUGGAACGUAAGAUCAGAGAACUGGGCUCGCCAAUACUUGGGUCAGCAAUUCUAUCUUCGUGUCUAUUCUCCUGCAAACUCAUGGAGAGAUGAAUAUCCAAUCCCAAAGAACGCUCUUCUCUGUGGACGAGCAUCAGGCCGCAAGACCCGGCCUCUAUAAUUGAGAAUGAUUUGCACCACUGUCACGAUGGGGUGACAGGGGAGAAAUACUUCACUGCAGAGGAUGUUUGCCAAGGCUUGACUCGAGCCAUUUUUUCACCAACUAUUUCUUUGCACUGAGUGAUUUUUUUUCUUUCCUCCAAAUAGUAAUUUCAGAUGGUUUGUUGUGUUGUCCAAAUUGAACUCAACACAUCCGAUUUGUAAUAGAACUCAAUAUCCUUAGUUCAUUGUUUGAGAUUUUUUUACCAAUCUUGCUGUCGGCUUGUUUAUUAAUAUACUUUUUGCUUCUUUUUC